AUGGGGAAUGAUUUCGCCGCCGCUCAGGAGCUGCUGCGCAAUGCGAAACCAGCCCGCGGUAAAUUCUCGGCCUCGGGCUUUUGCCGCGCCCUAGUAGGGCUUGUGUUGAACAUGGUCAAUGAGAGGGCCGAGUUCGGCUUCCACACUCCGCCGUGUAUGUCCAUCCAAAGGAAAGAGUUCCGGGUUCAGCCCGACACUGGACAUACCGUGACCCAUCGCGCAUACAGCUAUUCUUGUACUCCAGCAGGGGCAAUCCCGGUGCAUCUCGUCUCCUCGAACCGUGUGAGUCUGUUGUCCGGCCGCACUGCAACUCCAGGGCCGUGUCUGUAUCGGCUCAUUCACCCCGGAUGGACGGGCCAGAAGGCUACAGAGUUACGGAAUGGGUCAGCAAGUGUUUCUCGGGAAAGUGCCUCACCAGACGGGCCUGUCGGUCUUUGUGCAGUGGCCAUGGGCUCUCACGGUCGCACGGGGCCCGAGUGA